AUGUUAUCACCAGAAUACGACAAAGUUCGUCAGAUGGAAGACGAACAAAUGCACGGAUCAGCCGAGCCGAUGAGCUUCCUAGUACGGUCGAACAAACGUCAAUCGCCUGCUCGGUCGCUUGCUCGCUCGACCGGGUUGGAACGUCCGUUCGUGCACGCACCAGAUUUGUCCCUAGUCGUACCGGUUGAAAGUCAGUGCCUAGGUUUAAGAUCGACUCGUCGACAGGGACACAAGCGCACAGCAACUGGUCUGAAUUCGGUGGUGCUGGGUCGUCAGUCAAUCAAUCUGCUUGCCCAACCUCCCACCCCAGCACACUCCUAA